AUGAAUAAUGAAAAUUGUAUAAUUCAUGGUAUGAGUCUGGAUUUCUAUUGUAAGAAAUGUGGUGAUCUCAUUUGUGAGGUGUGUUGUAACGACUUUAUGCAUCGUGAACACGAGAAGCAAUCGUUUGACGAAGUACUCAAGAAUGAAGAAGGACAGUACGGCAAGAGAAUGGUACACCUCUGGGAUGUAAUCAAAGAGAAUAGCAAGAUGUUGGAUCACCUCGAGAAAAACAAUAAGAUCAUCGAGUGGCAUUACCGUGACUUGCACGAACUGCUGCGUGUCGAAGAGGAGAACAACAAACAACCACUGAAAGUAGAACGUGAGAAAUCCGAAGAUCAGAUACUCUCGGCAAUAAAAGAGUUGAAAACAAUCAACAACCUCAUAUUGAAUAUCAACAAGAGAAACAGCAACAAGUCAAAGUCAACAGAGUCGUCAGAGUUGGACGGUGCAGCUGCAGCUACAGACACCACACCAGAUUCAAACACAACAACACCAGUGUUACUAGGAAACAAACGUAAACAUGAAGAAACAUUAGAACAAGAACAAAUAGAACAACAAGAUAACAAUAAUAAUAAUACUAAUAAUAAUAACGAGAAAGAUGAAGGAGAUGAAGAUGAAGAUGAAGAAGAUCAAAUGGAUAGCUAUUAUAAUAACGAUUAUCUGACGAAUAUCAAUACGGUUCAAAGUAAAAUUCAAGAGAGCGAUAGUUUGGAAUCAUUUUUAAAGAAGAACAAAAAGACGUUGUUCAAGUUGGACGAGAUGGAGAGAGAAGCAUCGCUGAAUUCGCAGUUCAAGGAGUACAAGCAGUCAUUCAAGAUCGAGAGUGCACCGAAACCGAUCAACUACGAGGUAUCAUUCGAUAGCAGGGAGGUCAAUGAAAUCAAAAAGAAGCUGACAACACUGUACAGGCUGAAAGAUACAGCGAGAGUAGCGAAAACCGAACUAUUUACACUGGGUGGCAAUGGUGCAUUCACAAUGAACCUGGAGAGCAAAAAGUGGGUAAAGUGUGUCACCGAAGCAGCCAAACGAGAUCAAGCUAUCAACUCUGUUGUCUACGCCAGAAACAACAUCUACAUAUUCGGCGGAGACAAAAGCAUUGCUACCUACACAAUUUUCUCACCGAAAACAAUGCAAUAUAUUGCAUGUGAACCUUUGAAGAGAAAUGAUAUUAUUCAAGGAAGUAAAUGUGUUUCAACUUGUUAUGAUGGUGAUAAAACUAUAUAUUUAUUGGGUGGUCGUUCGGAUAAAGGAAAUAUAUUGUCGUUGGAUUCGUACGAUUUGGAUACAAAGGAAUUCAAGAAGCUGUUGGAUUUGGAUCAGCAGCGACACGGUGCUUUCAGUUGCUACUUGGAUGGCAAGGUUUAUUUUCUCGGUGGAUUCACUAUAUCGGGUCACGGACAGUUUGGUGAAUUCAAAUCGAUACUGCAAUACGAUUGUGCCACCAACAAGUUGGAGAUGUACAUAAAUGAACUACCGUUGUUUGGAAAGACCAUUGGCUGUUGUUUCGAUGGUAUCGAUAGUAUCUAUCUGUUGGUUAGCAAUGGUAACUUCCUAAAGAUAACAAUCCCAACGAAAAGCACUACAUCAUUACGCUCACCUUCCAUACCAAAGUAUCCAGACACCAGAAGACCACUGAUUUACGUCUCGAACGAAAACGAUCCGUCCAUCUACUUUAUUGGCAGUACAAAGUAUGGUAAUCAUUGCUUCUCUCUGAAAACCAAUUCUUGGAUUCAACUAUUAACAGAGACUAACGACGUAGACAUAAACGCAAAUGCUGUCAACGAAAAAUCAAUAAUAUUCUACAAUCAUGACAUUUACUCAGAUCCUAGAAGAGUAGAACAUGACUGUUUUAUAAACGGAUUUGGUGUUCUCAAAACAAAAACCAAUGAGGUGAGUCCUGCAAAUCCACAACAAGCAAUCAUGGCGAUGAUGGCUCAGUUUCUCCCACAAUUAACCGGUCAAGCUGUACCACAGCAACCUCUUCAACAACCUCUUCAACAACCUCCUCAACAACCUCUUCAACAACCUCCUCAUCAACAUAUAGAUCAUCAAGAAGAAGAAGAGGAAGAGGAGGAAGAAGAAGAGGCUGAGGUAGAAGGUGAACUAAAUAAAUAA